AUGCUCAGGGGCAUAGGGGGCAUAAGGGGAGGAGUAAGCCAGUGCAGCAAUCGAUACGCGGAGGCCAACAAUAGGUAUAUGGGGGAAGCGUACGAUCCCUCAAAACCAUCUAAAUACUUAGCUUAUUUUGACGUUAACAAUUUAUAUGGUUGGGCCAUGUCUCAAUAUUUGCGGUACGAUAACUUUCAAUGGGUCGAUGAUGUUGAUAACUUUGAUGUUAUGGGUGUUGCAGAUGAUUCACUCCUGGGAUACAUUUUAGAGGUGGAUCUAUCUUAUCCCAAAAAUUUACAUGAUCUUCAUAAAGAUUUGCCUUUUUGUCCAGAACAUGAAACCCCACCAAAUUCAAAAUUUCCCAAACUAAUGACUACAUUGAAUAAUAAAUCAAAAUAUGCUAUUCACUACCGCAAUUUAAAACAGGUUCUUUCACACGGUCUAACUUUAACAAAAAUACAUCGUUUAUUAAAAUUUAAGCAGACACCAUGGCUAAAGUCAUAUAUAGAGCUGAACACAAAUUUGCGACAAAAUGCUAAGAACGAUUUUGAAAAAAACCUUUUCAAAUUAAUGAAUAACGCAGUGUUUGGGAAAAUAAUGGAGAAUAUUUGCAAACACCGCAUAGUUAAGUUAGUUACAAAAUGGGAGGGUCGUUAUGGAAGCGAAAAAUCUAAUAGCUAG